AUGUCUACACAAGCAGAUACUGCUCCAAGACAGACUUCAGAGGACGACCUCGAAUUCACUGAAAAUGAGGAGCCGGCGGAGUUUGAGCACCUAACUAAAAAACGUUGCCUGCAUACUCUCUGGCCUCCAAUGCGCGACCUUGCCAAAGGGUCGUGCGCGGUGGCCCGUCGUUUCGCCAGUGAUUUCUCGGAUGCUUUCACAAAGCCGAACAUUGGACUGGUGUUUGGCAGCAUUUUCCUCGUUUACUUUGUCAUAUUUGGACCAGCAAUUACAUUUGGCACUCUCAUGAGUAAGAGCACUUAA